GUGGUCAAACUGGAGUCGCUGAAGCGCUGGAACGAGGAGAGGGGCCUGUGGUGCGAGAAGGGGGUGCAGGUGGUGCUGACCACGGUGGGCGCCUUCGCGGCCUUCGGCCUCAUGACCAUCGCCAUCAGCACCGACUACUGGCUGUACACGCGCGCGUUCAUCUGCAACACCACCAACCUCACGGCCGGCGACGACGCGCCGGCCCACCGCGGGGGCAGCGGCUCCUCGGAGAAGAAGGACCCCGGCGGCCUCACCCACUCGGGGCUCUGGAGGAUAUGCUGCCUGGAAGGGUUGAAAAGAGGUGUCUGCGUGAAGAUCAACCAUUUCCCGGAGGACACGGACUACGACCAUGACAGCGCGGAGUAUCUGCUCCGAGUCGUCCGGGCCUCCAGCAUCUUUCCCAUCCUCAGCGCCAUCCUGCUGCUGCUCGGGGGCGUGUGCGUGGCGGCCUCCCGGGUCUACAAAUCCAAGAGGAACAUCAUUCUGGGCGCAGGGAUCCUGUUCGUGGCAGCAGGCCUGAGCAACAUCAUCGGCGUGAUCGUGUACAUCUCGGCCAACGCGGGCGAGCCGGGUCCGAAGCGGGACGAGGAGAAGAAGAACCACUACUCGUACGGCUGGUCCUUCUACUUCGGCGGGCUGUCGUUCAUCCUGGCCGAGGUGAUCGGCGUGCUGGCCGUCAACAUCUACAUCGAGCGCAGCCGCGAGGCGCACUGCCAGUCUCGCUCGGACCUGCUCAAGGCCGGCGGGGGCGCGGGCGGCAGUGGCGGGAGCGGCCCCUCGGCCAUCCUCCGUCUGCCCAGUUACCGCUUCCGCUACCGCCGCCGCUCCCGCUCUAGCUCCCGCUCCAGCGAGCCGUCGCCGUCGCGGGACGCGUCUCCCGGCGGCGCCGGGGGCCCGGGCUUCGCCUCCACGGACAUCUCCAUGUACACUCUCAGCCGCGACCCGUCCAAGGGCAGCGUGGCCGCGGGGCUGGCGGGGGCCGGCGGCGGCGGCGGCGGUGGCGGAGCCGGCGGGGCGUACGGCGGCGCGGCUGCGGGCGCGGGCGGCGGCGGCGGGGCGGGCGCCGAGCGGGACCGCGGGGGGGCGCCCGGCUUCCUCACGCUGCACAAUGCCUUCCCCAAGGAGGCGGGCGGCGGGGUCACGGUCACGGUCACCGGGCCGCCCGCCGCGCCCGCGCCCGCCCCGCCUGCGCCCGCGGCGCCAGCCCCCGGGACCCUGGCCAAGGAGGCCGCCGCCUCCAACACCAACACGCUCAACAGGAAAACCACGCCGGUGUAGGGGCGCGCCGGGGG